GGCGGCCUUUUUGAGAGUGGCGGGUAGACUGUGUAGUCCGCUCCGGCAGCGUGCUCUGCCCGGCUUCAUCAGUCUCCUCGCCGGGAGCGUCCGGGAGCAGCUCCGAGGCCGCGGCGAAACCAGGUGGAGUCCGAGGUUCGGAGGAGUAUCCGAGGUUAGAGGAAGGCCGGAGAAUGGGCUGGGAGGCUGCGUUUCGGAGCCUAGGGUUCUGUACCUGCGAUUGCCGCGUCCCCCUCCCUUGGUGGGCGCGGCUCCCUGGAAGCGGCUCGUCUCGUCUUCCCCCACAGGCCGGGUUCCCGUUGUGGACCUUCGCCCUCGGAACACAGUGCUGUUGGCCGGGACUCCUUCCCGAGGUGUACGGCUCCCUGCUCUCAUUCCUGGCUCUGCCAGAACUGUAGGAAGUGCGCAGUACACUUUAGGGCAUGCAUGGCACUCCCUGGGAGACAGUGUUUUAGGGCCAGAGGAAAGAUCUCCCCUGAAGGCAAACGCCCGCUGAGCCCAGAAGUCCGGGCCGCACUGAACAAGUCAGGAUGUUGCCAUCGGCAAUUCUGCAGAAGGCAGGAACCCAUCAGAGAGAAAGAGCCGCUGUCAUAAGGUCUCUUGCUUGAGCUGCUGGGUUGAGAAUGGAGCUGGAAGAGGGAACUGAUCUCGGAGCUCCUUGGGGACCUUGGUUAUGUUUGACCCUUUUACUUUCAGGGAGCAGGGAUUGGAUCAAGUCACUGCAUCUAGAGUACGGGGGAAGCGAAGAAAUCAUGGAGAGAGUUUGCCCCAGGAGAGAGGCGAGCGUUAUGUAACCUAGGAUCUGGGGUGGGUAACAGUCUGUGCAGUGUCAGUCUGAGAGGAGAAGACACCCAACGUGAGGGAAUGGUCAGGGCCCUUCUAGCCCAAUCCAGAGCUGUGCCAUGGCAGAGACAAGAGAAGAGGAGACAGUGUCAGCAGAAGCCUCAGGGUUCUCAGACUUGAGUGACUCAGAGCUCCUGGAGUUUCUGGACCUAGAAGAUGCCCAAGAGUCAAAGGCUUUAGUUAACACGCCUGGCCCAUCUUCUGAAUCCCUUGGGAAGGAUGACAAACCCAUAAGCUUACAAAACUGGAAAAGAGGAUUGGAUAUCUUAUCACCCAUGAAGAGAUUCCACCUUAAAUAUUUAUAUGUCACUGACCUGGCUACUCAGAACUGGUGUGAACUGCAAACAGCAUAUGGGAAGGAGCUUCCUGGUUUCUUGGCACCUGAGAAGGCAGCUGUGUUGGAUACUGGUGCCAGCAUACACCUAGCUAGAGAACUAGAACUUCAUGAUCUUGUGACUGUCCCAGUCACCACUAAAGAAGAUGCUUGGGCAAUUAAGUUUCUGAACAUACUUUUGCUGAUUCCUACCCUGCAGUCAGAAGGGCACAUCAGAGAGUUUCCAGUGUUUGGGGAAGUGGAGGGUGUACUUCUUGUUGGAGUGAUCGAUGAGCUGCACUAUACAGCCAAGGGGGAACUGGAGCUGGUGGAACUCAAGACACGCAGGCGCCCUAUGCUCCCUCUGGAAGCUCAGAAGAAGAAAGAUUGUUUUCAAGUCAGCCUAUAUAAAUAUAUCUUUGAUGCCAUGGUACAAGGAAAAGUGACCCCUGCUAGCCUAAUCCACCACACAAAGUUGUGUCUGGAAAAGCCACUGGGGCCAUCAGUGCUGAGGCAUGCCCAGCAGGGAGGCUUCUCUGUGAAGUCUUUGGGUGACCUCAUGGAACUGGUCUUCUUGUCUCUAACACUGUCAGAUCUCCCAGUUAUUGAUAUCUUGAAGAUUGAGUAUAUCUACCAAGAGACUGCCACUUUGCUGGGUACUGAGAUUGUAGCCUUUGAAGAGAAGGACGUGAGAGCCAAGGUGCAGCAUUAUAUGGCCUACUGGAUGGGCCACCGAGAGCCCCAGGGAGUUGACGUGGAGGAGGCUUGGAAGUGCCGGACAUGUACCUAUGCAGACAUUUGUGAGUGGAGAAAGGGCAGUGGAGUGCUCAGCUCUACACUGGCGCCCCAAGUCAAAAACGCCAAAUGAAUAGAAGGUAUGCUUUCAAGAAUGUUGAUCCUUCCUGCUCCUGCUGUACCUAAGCAAAAGAGGACCAGUCUCUGAGCUUGGCUUUUAUGGAGAGUGUUCUUAUUUUGGUUCUUUUUUUUAUUUCCACAACCUCUAACCACAUUCAGUCCAGGAGCAAGGCUCAGGGAUGAGUGGGAGAGAUGGGUUAUACUGUCCCUGGAGCUUCAUCAUGAUUGCCUAAGAAGACAGAUGCUCAUCAUGGCUGGAAUGAAGGUAUCCUUCAGUAAACAUUGCUUUCCUAAGAAAAUUCUUCAGUUUCUAAUAAGUCAUCCCUAUUUUUAUCUUGAUCAAGGCUUUCUACAGUUACAUCAUAAAAUGAAAUGCUGUCCAGGACAGUUGAACUGA